AUGCUUUGCAGUGUUGGCAGCCGGUGCGGUGCUGGUCAAGGUGCGUUGCUGCAGUCGAGGCAGAGUGGUGCUUCCGCGUUUGUGUCUAAGAGGUUCUUUGCCGCUGCUGCUGGGGGGAACACCUUGAAGCAGGAGGACGUGCUAAAGAGGGUGGGCGACGUCAUCAAGUCUUUCAGCAAGACCGGUACGUCUGCGUCGAACGCGGACACCCCUGCCGCUGAGGUCACUGAAGCGACCAGCUUCCAGAAGGAUCUUGGGCUGGACUCGCUGGACACCGUUGAGUUGCUCGUUGCGAUCGAGGAGGAAUUCGAGAUCGAGAUCCCAGACAAAGUCGCCGAUGAGCUCAAGACCGUUGGCGAAACGGUCAAGCACAUCCUCUCCAACCCAGAGGCUAACUGA